UCUUCAGAGAAAAACAUACCAUCCCCUUUUCGUCGCAGGAAACAUACUUGACUGUAAGGGAGAGGAAUUGGAAGCAUCCGUCAUAAUGCACCAUAUCAGCACCGUUCUUCUUCUGCAGUUCCUUGGUGGGGCCAUACAGACAGGAGCCAUUAUGGUUAACUUGACGGCGAGAGCAGAAAAAUACGUUCAAAAAAUAAACUUUACGAGUGGCGGAUACAUUGACACCUGGGGUAUGACCGAUAAGUAUGACUACUGGACUCAAACGAAGCAACCAAAAAGAGGGCAUCCAAUAAAGCUAAACGUGAGUGCUUUAUUGUGCGUUCCUGAAACCAAAGGCGACGAUGUACAAAAAAUGAAUUUUAGAUAUGAUUGCGAGACUGAAUUCAGCUUGUAUAUUGAUAAGGGAUUACAGAGUGUUUUCAACAUAAACACUACGGUGAGUUUCCCAUUGAUUGAGAACAGUUACAGCAAGAGAAACGUCGUCACGGUGAACCUGAACAAUAAAGAACAAGUCCACAAGACAAUCCAGAAAGAAAAGGGGAGGUCUGAAAUCAGGGGAUGCGAUUUCAUUGUCACUGUGACCAUGGAUGGAAGCUUCGCAUAUCACAGCAGACGACGACGUCGCGGGAACUACUACAAUGUGUCCGUUAAACACCUCAAGGACAGGGAUGAUAAGGUGAAGCUAUUGAAAAGAGGAGAAAAGCUCCAGUAUAACAUAACUGGGAGCUAUGUGGAGACGAUCUGUUCGUAGCAUAAAUGCUCAGGGUAAUAAAAUUUACCGGGGCAAUAAAAUAGCUACAACUGCG